AUGAGGAGUUCGGGGCGGCUCACAUUACGGAGUCAUCCGAUACGUUUGUAUAAAAGAGUCAUCGUUGAGGAAGUUCUUUUUUCUCAUGCUUUAAGGUAUCUGUUAUUCCAGUUCGAAAGCGAAGUUGGAUUGACAGAAUUUGGAGAUCGCUAUGCAACGGUCAUACCCGGAUGUCUAAGCUAUUUACUGCGCAAAGAGCGCAUCGUGGAACUCCUAACUGACCCGGCUGACAUUGAGGCAAUUCGUGAACAAGGAUGGAUGUCUGUAAAGCCACCUCGAUUGCCUCCACUUGUGGCGACGAAGGCGUGUUUUGCAUUUUAUAUAGAAGGAUCCACAGUGAGUUCUGUGAGGGAAUUGUCGAGUGAUGAUCUCAAGCCAAUUCAAUGCAUGUUCAUUUCCACUUUUUGUGAACCCACCAUCAAACCCAAUGUAAGGAAGCACGCAGUGGCAAGAAUAGAUGGUCGAUUCGAGCCUUGUAAAGGCGAUGGUAGAACGUCUGAAUUUCACCUUACAGAGUACAGUGCUUGGCUUCCAAGACUUUUGCGACUACGGAAGAAGAUUUUUUAUGUGGCACGACAAACAGGACAAAUCGUUGGUAACGUGCUGAUAUUGUACGAUUUUACAAUGCCCGGUGAAAUACCAUCAAUAAUGAACAUCGCUCAUGGUAAUGAUGCACUACGUGAUAUGCAACAGCUAGAUUUAUCAAUGGAAAUGCCUUUCGUCGAAGGCAUUGUGCCGGGCGUUCGAGGAGAGAAAUUUCUCAAAGUGCAUCCUUCAAAGGUCGGAUGGGUGAAUAACAAGACUUUGUUGCUGAAGUAUCUCAUUAACGAUCCGACAUUUUUGGAUGAAGCUGGAUAUUUGAAUUCGCAUGUGCCUUUUCUACCACCAAUGAUCGAAGGGCGAGGUGUCUUCGUACAUUUUGCUCCUGCUAGUCUUGUUUCGGACCACAUUCACCAUACGGGUGACGGUCUAUCACCUUGGACUUUUCAAGGAGCGUCUCUGCACAAUCGCGUUCGCACUGUUAAGCGUGCGUUAACGCAGGAUUCGGAAGGAGUGUUUCGGCUAACAAAACAGGACUGGCAACAGACUGGUUUGGCCCUGGUCGAGACCAUUACUGUAUUGGCGAGGUGUCCACGAUUGAGGAAGCGGGUGGUUUUCAUUCAACGUAACAAUCGCAUGGUGCUGGGGAUUGUGUGCUUUAUGUACGAAUACAUUCGUGAAGGUCCGAUUCCUGAGAUUCUACGUGAUAAUUCAAUUGCCGUUCCAGGUCCACCAAUCUCAGUGGGUUUCAGUACAUUCCCAGUCGCUAUCAUUGUUGCUUGUAUCAUUUUAAAUAAUUCACUAUUUCAGUUCAUCGAUGGUGUUCGUGAAUUAGAAAGUGGUCAUGUCUAUCUUACUGUGAGACACAAGAGGUUGGCGGGCAGUUUGGACACAAUAUUGCAGUACAUCGCAAACACGAAUUUCGUAGAAAAUCACGAUAUCCUUAAUAAUACGAAACCCCAACAUCCACCUCUGGUACGUAAUGCUCGAGCGUAUGUAUUUUUCGUGGCUGGUAAUAUUGUCUAUCCCCAUGAUAUUAAUAGGGAUGACUUCUCGCCGUGGUCUGGAAACGGGACACCUGAGAACCCGACCUGUUACCGUACGAAAGUCCGGAAGUUUCCGGUUGAAACUGAUGACAUCACUGGAUUGUUUCGAAUUGGUCAUGGCGACUACAGAGCUAGCCCAUAUCAUCUCGUUCAUUUGUACAGUAUACAUCCGAAGGAAACACGACUAAGGAAAAAGAUAUCUCAGCACUUCAUACGAGUUAUAUUUCACAACAUACCCUACAUCUUAGUGGAUGACGGUGAUAGAUCAACAUCUUUUGUGUAA